AUGCCGCUUCCCGACACCAUGUUCUGCGCGCAGCAGAUCCACAUCCCCCCCGAACUGCCGGACAUCCUGAAGCAGUUCACCAAGGCUGCGAUCCGCACCCAGCCUGCCGACGUUCUCCAGUGGUCCGCGGGGUAUUUUUCGGCUUUGUCAAGAGGAGAUCCACUGCCCGUGAAGGACAGAAUUGAAAUGCCCAUGGCCACUCAGAAAACAGACACAGGCCUGACUCAAGGACUCCUUAAAGUUUUGCACAAGCAGUGUAGCCACAAGGAGUAUGUGGACUUAGCAGAUCUUGAGCAGAAAUGGAAAAAUUUGUGCCUGCCUAUAGAAAAAUUCAAAGCUCUCCUGCAGCUGGAUCCUUGCGAAGACAAAAUCGAGUGGAUAAAAUUUUUAGCACUUGGAUGCAGCAUGCUUGGUGGGUCACUGAACACUGCGAUGAAGCACCUCUGCGAGAUCCUGACCACGGAUCCCGAGGGCGGGCCCGCGCGCAUCCCUUUCGGGACCUUCUCCUACGUAUACCGCUACCUGUCGGAGCUCGACUCGGACAUCUCUGCGUCGGACACCGAGGCCUACCUCUCCUCGCUGAAGGAGAGCGCAGCUGCUAGAAAGAAUGGUAUGAUAGGUCUUUCAGAUUUCUUCGUUCUAAAGAGGAGAAUUUAG